AUGUUUAGCACAGCUAAAGACAUGCUUUGGCAUGACUGGCGCUUCACGCCAGUACGUCCCGCUAUACGCAAAGAAGUCCGAGCCGCUGCAAAUCCGCAAGACCUGACUCUUGCGCGGGAGUCCGAUCAAAGGGCGCCCACGACGGGAAUGGUCCACACGAGCACAUUAUACACACCCAAGAAGGGUGGACACGGCGCAAUGGUGUUUCACGUGGAACGAGACUAUGUACACACAAAUCUCAAAACUACACCGCCGUUAACAGCAGUGGAAUCUAUCAGUCUGCUAACCUCAGUCAAAAAACAGUACUGGGCGACCGAGCUAGAGGUGUCAUGUAUGGUGUGGGUUGUGCAUAAUCGAAGCAGCACCAAAGGGUCUAACCCCAGUCGCGUACACGGACCAUAUUGCGACAAUCGACCUAGCUACUUCGCUAUCAUCUGCAUCGCCAGGCAGGAUGAACCUGCAUCUGGUUCGGGCAUCCCAAUAUCUACAGCAAUUCCCAUUGCUGGUUUAUCACAAGGCGGCACCGAGAUACUGAUCUGCUUCCUACGCGGUCCUGGCUGUCUUCAAGCUUGGGAGGAAAAGGCUAUCACUUUCGCAAACCAGAAAAGAAAGAAGGAUAAGGGGAAUUUGGAGCCGGAUGAAAAGGCUGGAUACGCAGCCUUCAGCAAGGGCCGAGGGAGGAAGCCUUGA